UCAGCCUGAGCCUCCAUGUGACCCGCUCCGCCAUACCCUUACGGUCAGCCCGCACGGCGGCACUCUGCUAAUCCGUAUAACAGUGCGGGAGCCACCGCAUGUACGACCUGGGCUACUUCUAAAGACGAAAAACGCUGUAUUGCAACACCUGGCAACGAGUUAACCAUGGCCGAGGACAUACAGACUAAGCUGCAGUCCUACCGCACUGCGCCAUUCGAUGCCAGAUUCCCGAACCAGAACCAAACCAGAAACUGCUGGCAGAAUUAUCUUGAUUAUCACCGCUGCCAAAAGGCACUGACAGCCAAGGGGGCUGACAUCACCCCUUGUGAUUGGUACUUGAGAGUCUACAAAUCCAUCUGUCCUGGAUCUUGGACCUCCAAAUGGGAUGAUCAGAGAGCAGAGGGCAACUUUCCUGGCAAGAUCUGACAGAGGUCCGAUGACGUGUUCAUUCAGACAAGAACAUCUGUACUGAGGAGGGGUCCUCCCCGGCCAGGGUCACCCUCUACUUCCUGCGCUGCCGUGAGAGAUGGGCAGGCUCUAACCGAACGGUCAUUCCUUAAUAAUCACCAUUGUGUUGUGUUUUUGCAUUAAGGUCUCAGGCAAUAAAUUACAUUGGAAUGUG